AAGAACUUCAUAAGGAUCUUCAUAGUUACUUUGAAUUUGGUGAUUUUCUUCUAAUCCCUGAAAUUCUUCUUACAAUGAGACACUGAAUGUCACGCGCUGCUUGAAUUUCCUCCGUGUCGGCGUUGUCAACGAAGACGAAGCUGCAACUGCAACAGAGAGAGUGACUGAGAGAGAAUGGAAAACGCCGACGUUUUCCUCGGCUUACACGACUUCCUCGAGCGGAUGCGGCAACCCGCCGCCGCCGAUUUCGUCAAAGCAAUCAAAAGUUUCAUCGUUUCGUUUUCGAACAAUGCUCCUGAUCCUGAUAGGGACAGUGCCGCGGUUCAAGAGUUUCUUGCUAACAUGGAAGCCGCUUUCAAGGCUCAUCCACUUUGGGCUGGUUGCUCUGAAGAGGAGCUCGAGAGUGCCGGUGAAGGGCUUGAGAAGUAUGUCAUGACAAAGUUAUUUUCCCGCGUAUUUGCUUCACUUCCAAAUGAUGUAAAAUUUGAUGAUCAAAUUUCAGAGAAGAUGGGGUUGAUUCAACAGUUUAUCCGCCCAGAAAAUUUGGAUAUCAUGCCAGCAUUUCAGAAUGAAACUUCAUGGUUGCUUGCUCAGAAAGAAUUACAGAAGAUCAACAUGUACAAGGCGCCAAGAGACAAACUUAUCUGUAUCCUGAAUUGUUGCAAGGUUAUUGGAAACUUGCUGCUUAAUGCUUCUCUUGCUUCGAAAGAGAAUCCUCCAGGAGCUGAUGAAUUUCUUCCUGUGCUAAUUUAUGUUACCAUAAAGGCAAACCCUCCACAACUGCACUCAAAUCUACAGUACAUUCAAAGGUUUAGACGCCAAACUCGAUUGGCUGGGGAAGCGGCAUAUUAUUUUACAAACAUGCUCUCUGCUGAGUCCUUCAUUUCAAACAUAGAUGCAAAAGCCAUUUCAAUGGAUGAAACUGAGUUUGAGAGAAACAUGGAAUUUUCCCGUGCUCUUCUUUCUGGGCUUUCAGUUGAUACACAAGAUCCCAAUUCACCCUAUCAAAAUUAUGGGCAGCAUCCAAGAGCAGAACCUGCUAAACAUAGAAAUAAAGCUCUGAAUGAUAAUAAGGACCCUACAUUACGAACUCCUUCAUCUGUGGCAAAAUCAGAAAGCAAGAGAGUGAGUUUUUCAGAUGAGUUAUUGAUCACAAAAGUUCCAUCCCUCUCAGAUUUGGAGAACAAAGGGGCAAGUAUGAUUUUGAAGGAGGAUAAGUUAAAUGAAAUUUUCGGGGAGUUUCCAUAUUUGUUUGCUAGUGUAGGUGACUUAACAGUUGGUGAUGUUGAAGACCUGCUAAAUAAUUACAAACAACUUGUUUUCAAGUAUGUAUCCCUUUCCAAAGGGUUAGGUGUCUCUUCUACAUCCAAUUCUCAGAAUAAUACUCAGGACCAUGUUGAAAGUGAAACCACACUAGAUUCAUCUGAAGGUGAAUCUGUUGGUGCCAUUGAUGAACCUGAGAAGUCUAUUGAUACAAUGGAGGAUAGUUCAGAGAAAGUUUCACCUCUUGAGGAGGCAAAAAGUGAGUCGGAUCUGCCACAGGAGGAGGCAGUUGCACCCGAGGCCGCUGCCCCCUCUUAACUAAUUGGAACUAGUCUACAAUGUUUUGUUUUUUGAAUCAUAUACCCUCAUUUUUUUACUCUCUUUUUUGUGUAAAUUUAGUUAUAUCUUUCAUUGUGUGGUAUCUGUCCUCAUUCCUCAUGUUAGAGAUGGCAAUACCAGGACCACUAUGCCCUCUGUAACAUUGUUCUUAAAUAGAUUUUGUAACAGCUGCAGCAGAUAGUAAUUUUGCA